AUGCAGACACAAGUGCACAAGGAUGUGGUGAAGAACAUAACCAAGGCCUCACAGCUGGAAGAUGAGCUGCAGCUCUCACAGGCGCAACACGGUGUGGUAGUGCUGGAUGUGUACAACGCGGAGUGGGGUCACUGCAAGGCACUCAGUGACACCUUCCGCCGUCUCUUUACCGACGCCGGCGACCUGGUUCACCUUCGGUUCUUCGCAGUGGAGUGCAAUGCGGUGCUGGCGAGCCUCAACGACCCAGAUGAGGUGAAGGUCCAUCGUCCUCGGCAGAAGGGGAUGGAAGUCUCCAAGGAUACUCUUGUCGGCUUCUGGAAAGGGAUUCUGGAACAGCGCCAGAAUCACUCGAAGCCGUUCUUUGCCUUCUACAAGGAAGGGAAGAUGCGAGCCCAGCUGGAGGGUAUCGACACCCCAAAGAUCUGCCGUAUCGUACAUAACCUGUGCAAGCAGCAGAACGCCGCCUCCGAGUACAUCAUGAACGCUGAUGCGCUACACUUUUGGGAAUCGCACUUCUCGCUCUCCGAGAGCGAGGUGGCUGUGAGCGAGUUCGUGCGCGCGGUGCAGGCGCUGCUCGGCGCCUCGGCGGCGGAGCUGUCGGAGACGGAUUUGGCCGAUAUCACGGCCAAGGUGCAGGGCGCCAGUGGGCCCACAGUGACGGCCGCCCACCUGCAGUCCUUUGUCGGUGAUAGCGGAAGCGUGAAGGAUGCCAUUUUGACUAUCAUUACAGAAAAGCGAGCGAUAGCCACAGCAACGCCAGCUGCACCGCUGCUGCCGCCGGAGAAAGAGCCACAGGUUAGUGAAUCAGGGGAAAAAGCUGCGGACGAUGAACCGCGGGCGUCACUUCAAAGUCUGUCGGCCGUUGAAUCCAAUGAGGCGGUGAAGGAGGCAGGGGCUGACGGCAAAGAGACUGAGGUCGUUGGGACUGAAGUAGACGCAGAUGUAGUGCAGGGGACCUUUCCCACUGAGGAUGAUGCCACCGAGGUGUCGUACAAUGAGGAGCUGCCCAAGCCCGCCACGGAUGGAUCCGGCGAAGAGCCUGCUGUCGAGCCGCCCACCGUCGAUGCGGCGGAGGCGGAUGAGGCAGGCAGAGACACCCAUGAGCUUGACGAACCCGUAGAGGCUUACCCGGUGGAGGAGCAAGCGGCGCAGCAGCCCGAGGGCAAUGAGCCUGACAACCCAUACGAGGAGCUGCCGGAGCAGCAGACUGCGACAGCUGUAGAGUCCCCCACGUCGUCACUAAGCCUGCCUGCAAAAGAGCACCACGAGAGUGAUGUGGAGGAGGCUUUGGGCACGCCGGCUGAUGAACCUCAGAGAGAGGUCGACACGCAGGCAUCAUCUGGUGCGACUGAGAACGAUGACAAUCAGCAGGGGGAGAUGCUGGACGAUACCCGCGCGCCAUACCCAACACCGCAGCCGGGUAUGGAUACCACGGAGCUGGACGACGGCAGCGACGAAGACCCUGACGAAGCGCCGUCGUCUGCGCUGCCGGCCGACACUGUCAACACCACCGGCAACCAAGACGAGUCCGUCAUCAACCAGAUCUUCACAGAUCGCUGGAUAACGGUGACGGAGGAAGAGAUGCACGUGUGGAACACGGUAGCGGCGUUGCCGCUUCACUAUCCCGAGAGCACGACACUGAUGGCGGACCUGACAAACGACACGACGCCGGCGCAUGAGGCACUGUCGACGACAGCAGACCUCCCGACGCUGGCGGAGUAUCUGAUGGCGCAAGGGGUGCCUUACCCCGACAUCAAUAUGAUGUGCAUCGCGGCGGACCAGAAGGUGGGCUCGGAGAGUCUGUCGUACGGCAAGCUGUCACUGAUACUCAUGUCCUGUGACCCGGAGGAGGGAAAGGACCUGGUCCCGCAGUGCGAGACGUUUCUGAAGGAAUUGUCGGACGGCACCCUUCUCAGGCAGCAGCAGUCCCUCGCCUUCACCGCCCUUGCUCUGAGCGCCUCCGAGGCCUACCCGGACGAGUGCUUCUGCUACUGUAUUCCCGAGACUGCAGUGGCCGCUUUCCAGGGGCUCGCCGUGGACGACGUCUUCAUCCUGAAUGCGCUGACGCCGCUCAAGACCGCCGUGCCACAGGGCGGGCAGUUUAUCCUGCGCAUCAUCGGCCUGCCCAAGGUGAUUGAGCUCGCCACGACAGAUGAGAACGAGGACACGAUGGUGCUAAGUCAGUGGUACGCGCGCUUGCAGGUGGCCGAGCAGGGCACCGACACCCUCGUCGCGCACUUCGUCGAGAACGUGUGCGAUGAUGAGUUCCAGGACUUCCUCUCCAGUUACAUUGCACGCCUCAUCGAGGAUGAGAACCGGCUAGACAAGAAGCACGGCGACGAGGAGAAAGCCACCGACGGCGAGUUUGUCGACGAUGAGGUGGACGAUGGCACGUCCGCCGAAGCCGCCACACCCAUACCCGAGGAUAACCUUUAG